GAUAAAACCUCCGACUAUAUGAGGACGUUCGUUCGUUUCGGGUGGCGGUAGAUAGUAGUGUAUAACGUAAAAAAAAAAGAAGAAAAAGUUAGCGAAAUCUCCUGGGGGCUGUAAGAGAAAAGUGGUCGAGAUCCGGUGAAUUUUCGCCGGAUUUCGUCUAUUUUCAGACACCGUUAAAAUCUCUGAUCUACAGUUCUUCCCUAAAUUUGAUAGCAAGUGUUAUCGGACGGCUGAGAUGAAGGGAUCUGGAGCUCUCUUUUCAUCACUCAUCGCGGCCUCCACCGUCGCUUUCUCUUCCCCCGGCGAUCUCAGUGAGGGUUCUUUCUCCAAUAACGAGCGGGGGACUGGUUCACGCAAGUCUUCAGAUAAGGAUCUUCCCGGGAAAAGCACGUCUUCAGAUAAGGGGAAAUAUGCUCUUAGAUUUGACGGCUUAAGAUUCUUGGAGACUUUAGUGACAGCGCACAGGUGAUGGAAAGUUGGAAACUGUUGCUUCUAGUUAACUGAUUGUGGACAGGAAGAGAAGAGAUAGGACCAAGGAGAGAAAGGAUCAGAGAAUUUUCACGAAUAUUGUUUUGCUUACUUUUCUUGGGGUUUUUCUUUUUUUUUUUUUCCGAAGGAAAUCUCAAUCAGGGCUAUCUGUCUUUAGGUUUAGAUCUCAAGUGAAUUCCCGCUCCCUGUGGUGAUUUGUUUUUUGUUGGUACUUGCUUGAAAAUUUCAGUUUGAUCUAAAAUCAAUUCCCAUUCCCUUUGA